AUGAUUUCCCAGUUACAGCUUGCAAUCGAGUAUGGCACAAAGUUCAUGGAAACAUCAGCAAAAGCGAAUCUCAACGUUGAAGAAGCAUUUUUCUGUCUUGCAAGGGAUAUCAAGAGUAAAAUGGAACGUGGACAAGCUCACACGAUUUCGCAAUCA